AUGGCGGCCUCGUCCAGCAGCGCCGGCCGCCGAGCGGAUAACGGCUACGGCGCCAGCGGCCAGCAGCAGCAGCAGCAGCAGGCGGCCUCCCGGCGGCGGAAGGGGCCCGGCGGCCUGGCCACGGCCUACCUGGUCAUUUACAAUGUCGUCAUGACAGCGGGAUGGCUUGUUAUAGCUGUUGGUUUAGUAAGAGCAUAUCUUGCCACGGGUAGCUACCAUAACCUUUACUAUUCAAUAGAAAAACCGCUGAAGUUCUUCCAGACUGGAGCGUUGCUUGAGAUUUUGCACUGUGCGAUAGGGAUUGUUCCCUCUGCUGUUGUCCUGACUGCUUUCCAGGUGAUGUCAAGAGUUUUUCUGACAUGGGCCAUAACUCAUAGUGUAAAAGAGGUACAAAGUGAAGAUAGUGUCCUCCUUUUUGUUGUUGCCUGGACGAUUACAGAGAUUAUACGUUAUUCCUUUUAUACCUUCAGCUUGCUAAACCACCUUCCGUACUUCAUCAAAUGGGCCAGGUACACCUUGUUCAUCGUACUGUAUCCAAUGGGUGUGUCAGGUGAAUUGCUCACAAUAUAUGCUGCUCUUCCCUUCGUCAGGCAAUCCGGCUUGUAUUCCAUUAGUUUACCUAACAAAUACAACUUCUCAUUUGAUUAUUAUACAUUCCUGAUCCUGGUUAUGAUGUCCUAUAUUCCACUCUUCCCUCAGCUGUAUUUUCACAUGCUGCAUCAGAGAAGAAAAGUACUUUCACCUGCUGAAGAACAGAAGAAAGCAGAAUAACUCGUGGUGGUGUUCAGAACUAUGCACAAACCUCAAAACAAGCAUACUUUCAGAAGUUUUAUCAACAAUGCAGAGUAUUAAACUGAGAAG